UAAAGCUAGCUAGCCCACAAUAAAAAUAAUGAGUAUGGAGGGUGCGGCGAUGAAAUCAGAAAAUAAUGCUAAACAUCACAGAACACACACACACGCACGCGCUAAAUCAACACACAGAUAAGAAUUAAAACGAAUGACAGACUACAUCGUUGUCGCUCCUUUGAUUUACGCUGUACGGGAUCGAUUCCGUUUGCUUUGCGGCAAAAUUCAGGCGGACGACUGGACGGUACAAUAAACCCUCUGAGCUAACGGCAAAUCUCGCGAUAGUUCUUCAACGCACAGUUUGAACGCGAGUUCGCAGCCCGUCUACGUCAUCUUCUUGAGACGCGUUUUGUACUUCAUCGCAAUAAAGUAGCUAAGCUAAGCUAGCAAGCUGCGUCGUUGUCAAGAAUGGCAUCCUCAAAGAAGGGGAAGAAAAUAGUGAACCAGGAGGAACUCCGGCGCAUGAUGAGGGCAAAGCAAAGACAAACAACGGACAAGAAGCGCGUGGAGUCUCCUUUUGCUAAAUACAACAGUCUCGAGCACCUCAGCUGUGUGCUGUGCAAUGUGCACGUUAAGUCCGAGCUACUGUGGCCGGCGCAUGUUCUCGGAAAACAGCAUAAAGAGAAAGUUGCCGAGCUGAAGGGAGGAAAGAUUCAACCAGUGACACCACACAUUCAACCGGUGAAGAGGAAAGCAAAGGACAACGUGGACGCGAACGGGAAAAGAGUGAAGCCCUCGUCGGGUGCGGGUCAGUCUGCUUCGUCUUCAGGGCUUCCGGGAGAUUUCUUUGAGAAACCCAACAAAAAGGGAACUGUUUCUACUGAAACGUCCGCCAGUCUGAGUCUGUUGGCUGGAGUUUAUGAUGAUGGCGACGAUGAUGAGAAAGAUGCGGAGAUGGAAGGUCCCGCAGGAGCCACAGACCCCGCUCCUCAAGAGACUGAAGCUGGAGGACUACCCGAUGACUUCUUUGACAGCUCCAUCCCGUCCACGCCCGCCAUCUCUCACUCGGGAUCCAUCCUGAAAGCGGACCUGCAGGAGAAGAGCGCGGAGAAGAAGGACAACACCGCCGAGGCCCUGCCGGAGGGCUUCUUCGACGACCCCGUGAGAGACGCCAAAGUGCGCAACGUCGACGCGCCCAAAGAUCACAUGGACAAGGAGUGGGACGAGUUUCAGAAGGUGAUACGACAGGUGAACACCAAGUCAGAAGCCAUCGUGGCGGAGGACGACGAGGAGGGCCGCCUCGAGCGACAGAUUGACGAGAUAGAUGAACAAAUCGAGUGUUACAGGCGUGUCGAAGUACUGAGAGACAAGCGGGACGUGGUGAAGAGCAAGGUGCUGCCCAGCGAGGAGGAACACAUGGAGGUAGAUGGCAGCGAUGAGGAAGAGGAUGAAGAGCAGCUGCUGGGGCUUCUGUCCCACGACUGGAGGGCUAAAGGGGCUCUGGCCUGAGUCUCUCUAAAGCUCACAUAGAAGCCACGUGUGUGUGUUUUGGUCUGUCAGCUGUUGUAAAUAUGUUUAACGCCUCUUCACAUAUUUUGUUAUAUUUCAGACUGGAUUAAAUGAGUUUGGACAAA